ACCGCUAUUCUCGACAACAACUUCCAUACGUCCUCCAUCAGCGCCCAACAUGAGACCUAUUCUUCUUCAAGGACACGAGCGUGCGCUCACCCAAAUCAAAUAUAACCGCGACGGCGAUAUCAUCUUCUCGACCGCCAAGGAUCAGCACAUCUGUGCGUGGUACGCACACAACGGCGAGCGCCUCGGCACCUAUCACGGCCACCAGGGAGCCCUUUGGACCAUCGAUGUCGACCCCACCAGCACUCUUCUCGCCUCUGGCGCAGCCGAUAACACCGUCAGGCUAUGGGAUGUCAAGACCGGCAAGUGCUUGAAGACCUGGGACUUCAACACUGCCGUCAAGCGUGUGGAGUUCUCCGAGGAUGGAUCGCAAUUACUCGCCGUCACCGAGAUGCGCAUGGGUUUCCUGGGCACGAUCGUCGUCAUGGAUAUCAACCUGGAUGUUAACGCGGAGCAGCGCGACGAGAAGGCGAUGACCAUCACAUGUGAGGAAAGCAAGGCUACGGUUGCCGGAUGGAGUUUCCUGUCAAAGUACAUCAUCGCAGGACACGAGGACGGAACCGUUUCGCAAUAUGAUGCUAAGACUGGCGAACAACUGGACAAUGUGCAGGUGCACGAGCCGGAUUCACCUGUCACCGAUCUGCAGUGGGCCCCUGACCGGACAUACUUCAUCACCGCCUCGAAAGACAAGACUGCCAAGAUCGUCGAUGCCACCAACCUCCAAGUCAUGAAGACCUUCGUCGCCGAUACCCCCCUUAACUCCGCCUCCAUCACCCCUAAGAAAGACUUCGUCAUCCUCGGUGGCGGCCAGGCCGCUAUGGAUGUCACCACCACCUCGACUCGCCAAGGUAAAUUUGAGGCUCGCUUCUACCACAAGGUGUUCGAGGAGGAGAUUGGCCGCGUGCGUGGCCACUUCGGCCCGCUCAACACGGUCGCUGUCGACCCCAACGGAAAGGGUUAUGCGUCGGGCGGUGAGGACGGAUACGUGCGUGUGCACCAGUUUGACAAGGCCUACUUUGACUUCACGUACGAGGUUGAGAGGCAGCAGAAGCAGCAGAUUGGUGCUUGAAGGGUUGGGAAUGAAUGACAUGGGUGGGCCUGGGUUGGAGAGAGUAGGGUUGCAUCUGCGGGCGUUUAAUAAGUGCUUGGGGCUACACUGUGUUUAGGAUUCCUCAGCUAGACAUGAAGGCUGUUCUAAAUUUUGUGUGGGAGAGUUUCUGCGUGAAAUAUAUCUCGGGACAGCGUGGCAAUGAUGUGAAGGUAGGAGAUGCAGCCGUUUGAAUCUCUCGGGACCAUGUGCCAGGGGAGAUGCAGCCGUUGAAUCUCUCAGGACAAUGUGCCACGGAUUUGACGGUGGGAGAUGGAGCCGUCGAAGACCUCUCGGGACGAUGUGCCAAUGGUAGUAAAGCCGGAAGAUGCAACCGUAAGGGGACGUGCAUUGUGUGCCAUCAGUGUAUCCAUGUGGCAUCCUGACCCCGCUACGAUCCCUUGCCUCUGCACUACCCCUCCACUGAUAUUCUUUUUGGGACAGCCGCUAUUGUCGCGGCUAGGCGGGCCUACGAAGAGUCUCGUAUCUUAAUAGUAGCAAGUCACGUGUGGAUAUUUAGGUUAAAUGCAGCAACCCUCGCUUGGAUGUAUUGAGAGGGCAAAGAUUUUGUGCAAAUCGUGAGACUGUUCAGUCACGUGAUGUGCAUUAUUUUGACAGGGAACAAACACUGGAUAAAACCGCAGCUAUACUCUGUCAAGCCAGUCACGUUACUUGGUGCCUUGGUAUUGAGGGGCAUAGCGCCGUGUGAGGCAGAGGAUAGGCGGGGAUGAGCGGGAGGAAGUGGGGGAUAUCAGUAAUUUGUGACA